CAUACAAAUUUAAACCAAAAAAAAACCUCGCCCUUUUCCUUUUGCUUCCACAUAAUGGCUAGACAUCGUAGUGCAAGACUGCUUGUUCCUCUUGCUCUAACCUUGGUACUUAUUCUGUCCCCAACUUCGCUUGCUCAACAAUGGGGUUCUUUCAAUCCACCUUUCUUGCCUGCUGGCCAGACCAGCCAGUCACAAACGCGGUUGACACGAGACACUCACUGCCGCAUUGACUGUCAAAUAGACCAGCUUAGUGCUAAUGAGCCUAACAUUCGUAUCGAAGCUGAGGCCGGAGUUAAUGAGAUUUGGGACCCAAGAGAACAAAAGGAAUUCCAGUGUGCUGGUGUUACUGUUGUCAGAACUCAAGUUGAGCCUAAUGGUCUUUUCUUGCCUCACUACAAUAACGCUCCUUCUAUCUCCUAUGUUAUUCGAGGUAAAGCAUUGCUUGGAGUAACAAAUCCAGGUUGCCCGGAAACAUUCGAGUAUGGUUCUUCAGAACCUUUCUCAUCUGAGCGUGAUCCAAAAAGGCCCGGUCACAAGUUUGAAAGGCCUGAGCGUGAGUUUCAGAGCAUAAGAGACCAACACCAGAAGAUUAGACGCGUGUAUCAAGGUCAUAUCGUUGCCUUACCCGCUGGUGUGUCCAAAUGGUUUUACAAUGAUGGACAGGAUCGUCUCACAAUUGUCACUUUGUUUGACACUCUUAACAACCAAAACCAGCUUGAUGACAUUUUGAGGAGCUUUUUCUUAGCUGGAAACCCACAAGGAAGAGAAGGAGCCCAAGGCGGGAAAGGAAGCCAAGGGAUCUUUUCAGAAAACAACAUUUUGAGCGGUUUUGAUGAACAACUUCUAUCACAGGCCUUUGGUAUUGAGCCUGAAACUGUUAGCAAAAUCCAAGGUCAGAAUGAUGAUAGGGGUGCUAUUAUUCGAGUUGAAGGAGAUCUUGGGUUGUUGAUUCCUGAGUGGGACCGGGAGGAAUCAAGGAGGGCAAGCGAAAGCCAUAGACCAACACAUGGUUCUGAACGGGAUCCCCGCUACCCUGGACAUGGAAGCCAGAGACCAGCACAUGGUUCCGAGUGGGAUCCCCGCUACCCUGGACAUGGAAGCCAAAGACCAACACAUGGUUCCGAAUGGGAUCCCUACUACCCUGGUCAUGGAAGCCAGAGACCAGCACAUGGUUCCGAAUGGGAUCCCCGCUACCCUGGACAUGGAAGUCAGAGACCAGCACAUGGUUCCGAAUCGGAUCCCCGCUACCCUGGACAUGGAAGCCAAAGACCAACACAUGGUUCCGAAAGGGAUCCCCGCUACCCUGGACAUGGAAGCCAAAGACCAACACAUGGUUCCGAAUGGGAUCCCCGCUACCCUGGACAUGGAAGUCAGAGACCAGCACAUGGUUCCGAAUGGGAUCCCCGCUACCCUGGACAUGGAAGUCAGAGACCAGCACAUGGUUCCGAAUCGGAUCCCCGCUACCCUGGACAUGGAAGCCAAAGACCAACACAUGGUUCCGAAUCGGAUCCCCGCUACCCUGGACAUGGAAGCCAAAGACCAGCACAUGGUUCCGAAUGGGAACCCCGUUACCCCGGACAUGAAAGCCAAAGGCCUGGACAGGGUUCCCAAUGGGAGCCUAGCUACCCUGGGCAUGGAGGAAAAGGUCAAGAGCGCAUAUGUGGAGGUCGCCGAUGUAUUUGCGAGGAGAAUGGCGUUUGCAAGCCAAAUGGAAUUGAAGAAACCCUUUGCAGUGUUAGGAUUACAGAGAAUAUUGACAAUCCUGAAAAGGCAGAUGUGUUUAACCCACAAGGAGGACGUUUGACCUCUCUCAACAGCCACAAACUUCCCAUCCUUAACCAUCUCCAACUUAGUGCUGAGAAAGUUAACCUCUAUCAGAAUGCCAUAAUGGCACCUAACUGGAAGAUCAACGCACACAGCAUAGUCUACUUCACAAAAGGAAAUGGUCGAGUCCAAAUUGCAAGCCAUGAAGGUCGUCUAGUGUUCGACGACAUGGUCCAAGAAGGCCAACUUUUGGUAGUCCCCCAGAACUUUGUAGUACUAAAGAAAGCAGGACAAGAAGGGCUAGAAUGGGUUGCAUUCUUGACCAGUGAUCAGGCCAUGAUCAGCCCAUUAGCCGGACGUAUCUCGGCCAUCCGAGGCUUGCCUGAGCAGGUGGUGAUGAACUCAUACGGUUUGUCGAGGGAAGAGGCAAAGAGGCUCAAAUAUGGGAGGCAGGAAUUGACAGUGUUUAGUCCUUCCGAGGAAUUUCAAAGGAAUGGACAAUAUGCCAUUAUGUAAUAAUGUAAUAUCAAUAGAUGAGGAUCUAUCACUACUUUGUUUAAGUUGUUUUUUUAGGUUUUUUUGGAGGCUAGCACCUUUAAUGUGUUUUGUAUGAAAAACUUUUGUAUGGUUUCUUUGGUGUAAAGUUUGCUAAUAAAAUUUCCUCCGUUCUUUUGGUA